AAUCUUUAUAUUUCAAAUAAUAUAGAUAAUGAUAAUUAUUUUCAGUAUAAAAGUAAAACAGAAGAAUACUUAGCAAUGUUAUUUGCAGAAUGGAUUAAAGUUAAUGUAGUGUCAGGAACAGAAUUACCGCCUGGUAUUCCAGAUACGAUUGCCGGAUCUCGUAGAAAACGAGAAGAAGAUAGUGAUGAUGAUGAGUCUAGAAGAAGUAAAGCUAAAGGAAGAAUUUCAUAA